CAAACACACACACACGAAGAGAAAGAGAGUACAGCGUGUUCACAAAUAGGUGGUGAUGAUGUCGGGGGGUCCAGCGGUGCGCGUCAGCAUCGAGUCGUCCUGCGAGCGGCAGGUUCAGGAGGUUUCUCUGGAUGGGAUGGAGACGUACGUUCCUCCGCUCUCCAUGUCCCAGAAUCUGGCCAAGCUGGUGCAGCGCAUCGACUUCUGCCAGAGCUCCGACUCGGAGGAGGACGGCGCCGAGAGAGCCAGAGCGGGCCGAGAGCAGUGGAAGCAGGAGCCUGAGGAGGACGAGGGUCAGCUGAAGUUCCAGCCGUCGCUGUGGCCGUGGGACUCUGUGCGUAAUAACCUGCGCAGCGCUCUGACUGAGAUGUGUGUGCUGCACGAUGUGCUGAGUGUGCUCAAGGAGAGGAAGUACAUGACGCUCGACCCCGUCUCACAGGACCCCGCCAUGGCCAAGACCCCGCAGGUGUUCCAGCUGAUCAGCAAGAAGAAGUCUCUGGGCACGGCGGCUCAGCUGCUUCUGAAAGGAGCAGAGAAGCUCUCCAAGUCUGUGUCGGAGAACCAGGAGCAGCGGCGGCAGCGAGACUUCAACUCGGAGCUGCUGCGUCUGCGCUCACAGUGGAAGCUGCGCAAGGUGGGAGACAAGAUCCUGGGAGACCUCAGCUACCGCAGCGCAGGAUCUCUGUUUCCUCAUCACGGCACCUUCGAGGUCAUCAAGAACACAGACAUCGACCUGGAUAAGAAGAUCCCGGAUGAUUACUGUCCGCUGAACGUGCAGAUUCCCAGUGACCUGGAGGGCUCGGCCUACAUUAAGGUGUCCAUCCAGAAGCAGUCUCCAGACAUCGGAGACCUCGGCACGGUCAACCUCUUCAGAAGACAAGCGAAAGCUAAACCCGCGUCUCAGAUGUGGCACUCGCGUCUGGAAGCGGCUCAGAAUGUGCUUCUGUGUAAGGAGAUCUUCGCUCAGCUCUCUCGUGAAGCCGUUCAGAUUAAAUCCCAGAUCCCACACAUCGUCGUCAAGAACCAGAUCAUCUCGCAGCCCUUCCCUGGUCUGCAGCUGUCCAUCUCUCUCUGUCACUCCACUGGAGAAAAGAAGAGUCAGAGAUCUUCACCAGACAAGAGCAAACCAGACGAUCACCUGUAUGUGUUAGAACACAACCUGCACCAGCUCAUACGAGAGUUCCACAAGCAGACGCUGAGUUCGGUGGUGAUGCCCCAUCCAGCCAGCGCUCCGUUCAUGUCCCAGCACCAGGUGCAUGCGGUGCAACAGUUGGCGAAAGAGAUGGGUUGGCACGUGCAGAGCUUCAGUAAUCAUGUGGGCCUGGGCUCCAUAGAGAGCAUCGAGAACGCCUCCUCCAUCACCGUGGCCUCGCCCAGCGGAGAGUACGCCAUCUCAGUGCGUAACGGGCCGGAGAGCGGCUGUAAGGUGCUGGUCCAGUUCCCGCGCAGUCAGGCUAAGGAUGCGGGCCGCAGUGACGCGGUGCAGGACGGUAAGUGGACUCAGCUGCGGGGCGCGCACAGAGAAGUGCACUGGGACCGCAUGGAGGGGAAAAACUUUGUCUACAAGAUGGAGCUGCUGAUGGCGGCGCUAACCCCCUGCCCCUGAGGAUCAUGGGUAAUCGGCGACUGAGCUACGGCUAACACACACACACACACACACAUCUAUGGGAAAUAAAGCAUUUGUACAUUUGCUCUGGG